GCCGGAAGUGGGAGGGAAAAGGAUGCGGAAAGCAGUUAGUUUGAUUGGUUUCGAUUAAUAAAUUAAUUCUGACUUUGCAGGUCAAGUUUCCUUCCUGGCAUACACAAAGUUUUUCCUGAUUGGUUGCCUUCACAGUGGCUCCAACAGGAAGAGGUGGAGCCUCUCACUCCAGAGCACAAGGAGCCACAAGGCACCAUGGCUGAAGUAAACCUGGGUGUCACCGCUACAUUGAAGACAAUCUUCCAGAGUGCAGCAGCAGGUUUUGCUUUUGGACAAUCUGCGUUAUUUGCAUUAGAGCCCACGCUGAUCAAAGAUGACGUCCUGCUGUCAACGGCCAAUCUGGCUACCGAACGGGCCGGGUCCACAGGUUUUGGCGUGGUGUUUGCGUGCCUUGUUUUCACCUCUAUGCUCAUAUCUCUGGGCAGUGGUUUCCUCCUGGCUGCUGUGGUGAUGAUGCUGUGGAAAAAAGUUGGAGUGACAUCCUGGUUAGUGGAAGGCACAGCAGGACCUUUUAUUGUACUGGGUGCCGUUGGAAGUGGAGUUUUACCAGGCUUCCUUCCACCAUGGAUCUAUCUCUUAGCCCAAGGCAUUCUGGUCCUUGUAGUCAACUCCUCAUACUCCAACAUGAACGAUGUUACCACAGCUCUGCUAAUCACCUUCACUACACUGUAUCUCAGUGUGUUUUAUGGGAGAAUGGGCCUUAUAGCUGGGUUCUUCAGCUUAGGGUUCACAGUCGUCCUGCUUUUUGCUCUUCGAAAGGCACUGACAGAAUGGAAAACACAAAGACCACAACCUGAAACUAGGCGCAGUCUGCUGGAGAGGAUGUUCUUCUACUCUGUGUUUGUGGGGAUUUGGGGAUUUUCCAUAGGUUUAUGUUCAGGUGUAGCAGGAAAAGAGCUUGAAGAAGAGGUGGUUGUGAUGCUGGAAGCAGUCCUCUGGGUGACGUUUCUGUCUGCAGGGCUGCUGGGAGCUGGUCUGGGAACUGUGACCAUGGUGGGACUAGGUCAACACAAGGCUGGAAAGGUCGCUGUAGGAGCCGCAGUAAUAUCAUCAGUUGCCUUAAGAGCCAUUCUUCUAGCUCCUCUAGGGGCCUGGAGCAGCACUGGUGGGACAUUGGGAGCUGCCACAGCUGCAGGGGUGUCACUCGGAGCUGCAAGCGUUGCAGCACACAAAGCUUUCAGCACUAGAAAUUCAUUAUUACUAGUUUUAGGUUCCGUUGCUGGUGGUGUAAUUGUUGCAACACAGAUUUUAGCACUAAAAUCUUUAACGCUGACGACAUCAGAACUUAUCACAGUAACUCUUGUUGCAGUGGGGGCCUAUAUCCUGGGUGCACCAAAGAGCCCUUUCAACACUCAGGUGAAUCUAAGAAGGGGCCUUCUCACGGGGCCAGAACUACUUCAAGGAGUUGGCAUGGAGACUGUCAACGCAGCAGGAGCACCAAUUGGAGCUGGGCUACUUGGUGCUGCAGCAUUGGGAACUGCAGCUCUGGGGAGACUGGGAACUGUGGGAGUUGUUGUGGCCAUAGCGUUGACUUUAGGAAGUGCUCUUAGUGGUAUAGGGAGAAAAGCACCAGCAACAGAGAGAGAGCAUGCAGAAUGAUGGACAACAUGUUUGUGUGUGAUGGAUGUUUUGUGCAAGUUUAGAUAAUUUCUUUAAAUAUAAGACUGAGUUUAGUGCAGGCCUGCCCACAGAAUUUGCUUUCCCCUAAAAAAAAAAAAAAACCCAGUGAAAGGGCUCUACCCAGUUGUGAUUUAUUGAUGAUGUCAAUGUAUGUAUGUUGUAUCAGCAGCAUUAGUGCUUGCAUCUGUUCUGGCCAACAGUUACCUAAUUUUGGAGCUGUAAAGUGUGUCGAACUACAUUUGGGUUUUGAUGUUUAAAUUACUCAUGUGCCAGUUUUGAACCCUUUUUCAUCACUUUUUCCACCAACUUAUACUUUUUUCCCCACUUUUGACCUGUUUUUGCCUCUGUUAAUCAAUUUUUCCCACUUUUAACCCAUUGUUACCACUUUAAAAACCUAUUUUACCUUUUUUUAUAGAUUUCAUUACCCUUUUUUUGCCUAUCUUAACCUAUUUUUUCAGCUAUUACCCAAAUUUAGCCAUUUUUUGCUACUUUGUAACAGCUUUUUGCCAUUUUCUGUCAAUUU